GAGGUUGGCUUGUGAAAUGAAUGGCCAUCAUCGAUUUGGUGGCAUGAUAUAUCUUAUUAUACAUCACAGGGUUCCCAUUACUUUUUUCUGCUGCAUCAUUAUGUUUACAGCAUAGUUAUUGACUCAAUACCUUCUAUGCUGUAACUGCAUUUCUUGUCCUUGCAUCCUGUCCUCAAUUAAUAAAAUCUUCAUCUUUUCUUUUGGGUUAUUUGUAGAAUUUGUUCCAUAAAACAACGGUGUUGUAAAUUUUAAGGUGAUCACUGUGGACAAGAUAUAACUGGAAUAAAUUUUCAGGUUUUGCAAAGACACGUAAAACUUCUAAAUUCUCAUUGGUGUGGAAAUUGCGUGACACACAAUUAUCAGGAAAACAUAACAACUCCGUACGAAUUCAGAAAGUGCGGCCAUACCUAUUUCCAUGGAAAAGAGCUACUUACUGGAGAAAUUUUAUAUAUAAUUCUCGUUCAAUGCCAGAUGAUAGUUCCCUAUCCACGAUCAGCCGGAAGCUAUUGCUAUCAAGGAAGAGAGGUGCAAUCUAUACAAGAUCAACUCGUGGAUUUUCUCUUAAGAUUUCCAAGGUGUUGAGUGUUGGUGGCUCUAGUUUGAAAUGGUCAAAGUCAAUUGAGAGGAACUCUAAGAAAGCUAAUGAGGAAGCUACACGAGCAGUUGCUGCAGUAGAGAAGAGGAAGAAAGAACAAACUGUUGCUGUUCCCAUUGUUUUGAAGAACAAAAAUCAUGUUUCGCGUAAGUCAGUUCUUUGUGUAAAGCUGCGUCCAGGUACGCCAGCCUGCAAUCCUGGAGAACGGAUAUUUCGUAUUGGUUCGGAGCGAUACAAAAUGGAUUCGACGAGGAAAACACUUCAGAGGAUUACAAAUGGUGUGUUGCAGUUUUCCUUUUCGACUCGCUGUCCAUGUCAUCCUGUUUCAUUCUUACUUAGACGUCACAAUUCAAAUAGCAUUGUUAUUAUUUACUUCUAGAAUGAGUAGAUUUGAUUCAUGUUCAUCAUUUUCCUGAUUUUGGUGUCUCAUUUACUUUCUACUUCCUAGAUUAAUGUUUAUUUACUUUUACUAGUAUAAUUCAUUCAAUUUGUUGCAUAAGAUUUGUUUGUUGC